AUGACGGCAAUGCUCGCUCCCCGCGAACAACCUUCGCCCUUUUCCCCGGACCCGUUACGUGCCCCCACCGCACAGCGAUAUUUCCUCGACUUCCCCAAAUCCCCCAUGCAACAUGCAUAUCCCACCCCGUGUUCCCCCUCGCCACUCUCCCUUCCUCCUUCGCCGAGUUUCUCUCCUACCGAAAUCGAUCAAUAUUCCCCCACCACCACCCUGUCGCUCGACGAGGAUUUGAUCCUCCCAUCGUACGAGGGAGAGUCGGGCCGGGCCCGCAAGGAUUCUGAUGCCUUGAGCGACGCGUCUGAAAGUGGAACCGCGUGGACCUGUGGGACCCCGGCUGCAGACGAUACCUCCGUCGAAGAUGAACCCUCGCGACAUGUAGAUUACCUUUCCCAUGACUGGCGAGAAGAGGAUAUUUGGUCCUCCUGGCGUUAUGUCGCCGCCCGCAAGAACGACUAUAGCAAUGGCGUGCGUCUGGAAAAUGCCUCGUGGAGGACGUGGGCCAAGGCCAAGAAUAAUCUGGGGACCAUCUCCCCAGAGACCUUAAAUUGGUUAAAAGACUGUGAUGUCACUUGGCUCUACGGACCACUUAAAACAUCCGCCUCGAGCGACGCUAUGGCCUCAGAUGUGUCGCCGCCACCCAGCCGCCUCGAAACCCCCAAUUCUUAUCUGGAGCGAAAACCUAUCUUGAAAAAAAAGACCGCCUCGGAGACCAUGCUCCAGCGGUCCUUAUCCCAACACACUCUUCUCCAACAUGCCGGGGCGAUCCUCAAGGCUCAAGAAGCCGAACAAGGCUGGACCCGCCCGCCGUUUCCUCGGUCCAAUACCGACCUGGAUCAACUCCACCAUCGCACAGGGAGCUCAACGUAUUCACUUGGGGGCACCUUGACUACCUCUUCCUCCUCGGGGAUGACAUCCCCCAGCGAGCGGCGUCAUAUCCACUUCAACAAUGAGGUGGUGCAAUGUAUCGCGGUCGAAGCCAAGGGGGACGAAGGCUGGCCCAUGACCUUUGACGAAGAGUCCUCGUCGGAUGACGGGGUGGUCAUGAUGCGUCAGAUCUCUGGGGAGGCAUCCAUCAGCACCCGCAGCACUCCCCGGAAUAGUUUUAGCGGCGAGAGUAAAACCAUCGCCCCUCUCCCAUCCACCACCCUUAAAUAUCGCGGUGACACCCCCGAGCCUCGGGGUGAGUCCUCAAUUCUUGAUCGCUGGGCCGCUCUCUCUCCAUCCCCCUCACCCUCCACCUCCUCCUUGUCCCCUACGCCGUCCGUGGAGACUCUCCGACCACCGUCUGCCAACUUCCUGCUGGACGACGACGAAGAUCCAAGCCUUGACUUUACUGGGCAUUACCGCGAUCGUCUGGCCUGGUUCGUCCCCGAGGAGGAAGAUGAGCUGGCGGAUCGUCCGCUGCAGUUGUCCACUUCUGGCAUGUUCAUGCCCUACGGUGACCCAGAAGGUGAACGCGAAGGCGAAUCUGUGAACCAUACCAUCCUGGGUCGUGUGGUGGAUACGGUCAACACGGCUCGGGAUAUUGCCCACGUCAUUUGGAAUGUCGGCUGGCGACGAUGA